AUGGGGAAUCAAGUGCCAAGGGCUUUCAGGUUUGAGAUAGAUACCUUCUCGGAGAAGAAUGCUGAAAUAACGUCUCCUAUAUUCACAAGCGGCGGAUGUGAAUGGUAUUUCACACUUCAUCCGAAGGGGACUUGUCGUUGUAAUAGUUACAUGUGUUUGUUCCUAAACCUUGCAAAUCCUCAAUCAUUACCAACUGGAUGGAAAAGGAAAGCUAGAUGUCACUUCCUUCUGUUGAAUCAAUCCGGCAAAGUGCUCGACAGAUCACAACUACCUAAUGAUGAAAAACGACCACGCCACAAGUUUUGCGCUAGAACACCUUCAUGGGGAAGGACAAUGACCUUGCCUUAUAGAAACCUUAUUGAAAAUGGUCUUUUGGAGAAGGACAAGCUCAUCGUUGACUUCUAUAUUAGUGACGUUGAACUUGUUGAUAGAAACGGCAUAGUUGCUACUUCAGCAAGAAAGUUGUUUGCGAAGCACCCAGAAAUUGCAGAAGAUCUCAAACCAAAGAACCAAUUCGUGAAGAAUGAAUACAUGAAUGUCCUUCUCAACCUCGUUGAGACACUUAACAAACCUUCACAGAAUCACUCAGAGAUUGAGAUACAAAAUUCUCACAGCAAGUUGAGUGAGCUGAUGGAACAAGGCUUCAAGCUGGACUGGUUGAAGGAAAAGCUUGAUGAGGUUUCCUUGAAAAGGAAGAAAUCAGGUGCUGAUGUCCAACGACUCGAUGAACGUGUUAAGAAUCUUGAGCUGGUGAAAUUGGACUUAAAGCUGGAUUGUUUGAAGACGAAGCUUGAGGAGGUGUCCUUGGAGAAGAAGAAAUCAGAUGAUGCUGAUGGUUCUCGGGUCAAAGAAAUGGAGGGACGCAUCAAGGAUCUUGAGAUGAUGGUGUCAGAUCUCAAAGUUGAACUGGGCAAGCAGAAGGCCAAAUCUUCCGCUGAUGGUUUUUUGUUGAUCGACUAG